UCAGUCAGCGACAGCUGUUGAGGGAAGCUCAGUCGCUGUGGCAGAUAUUGACAGUUUUUUACCUGUUUAGAGUCAUGUUUUUGUUCGACAGUUCGCCUAUGGUACAAUAAAAACUUAGUCAUUCGGUGGUCCUUUUUUAAAUGGGAUGAAGAGACUCAAGAAGAAGAAACAAAACGGGGGAGUGGAGGUGAAUGGGAAUGGACCUGGCAUAAGAGAACCGGAUUGCGGGAGGAAACAGAAGCUCACCGUGAUCCAUCAGGCUUUGAUCAGGGAUCCAGUGGACAUCGAGACCCUGAGGAGAGCAGCGGCUAGUAAAGGAGGACUGCUGACUGAUGAACUUAGGAGAAAAGUGUGGCCCAAACUCCUGAACAUAAAUGUGUAUGAUCUGCCACAUAAACCCGGUCGGGAUGUGAGGGAGAACCACAAGGACUACAACCAAGUUCUGCUGGACGUCAGGAGGUCUAUGAAGAGGUUCCCUAAAGGUAUGCCGGCCACAGAGAGAGCAGUGCUUCAAGAGCAUCUGAUUGACAUCAUACUUGAGGUUUUGAAGCGUAACCCCCAGCUUCACUACUACCAAGGCUACCACGACGUGGCCGUCACGCUGCUGCUGGUCGUCGGGAAGCGGAUGGCCCUCGCCAUGCUGGACACACUGUCCAAUUAUCACCUCAGGGAUUUCAUGGAUCCUACCAUGGACAGCACCAAACACAUUUUAAACUAUCUGAUGCCGAUACUGGAACAAGUGGAUUUAGAGUUACACGACUUCAUGAUCAGAGCGGAGGUUGGCACCAUCUUUGCACUUUCUUGGCUCAUCACCUGGUACGGACACGUCCUUUCAGAGUUCAAACACACCCUGAGACUCUACGACUUCUUCCUGGGCUCUCACCCGCUGAUGCCCAUCUACCUCGCUGCCACGAUCGUGUUGCACAGAGAGAAGGAGGUGAAGCAGACGGAGUGCGACAUGGCCAUGGUUCACCACCUCCUCUCCCGCAUCCCCCAGGAUCUCCCUUACGAACUCCUGAUUGGCCAGGCACAAGAACUGUUCGACCUCUAUCCUCCAGCUUUACUGGCCAAGCGGGCAGCGCUGCAAUAUCGCAAGAGCCUGUCCAUCAGCACCUUCCAGGCGUUUCAGCUCUCCACCCUUCACCAGAGGCCAGACUCUGUUCUCCAACGCCUCACCAAGGCCCAGGGCUCCUCCACCUCCAGACACGGCCUGGACGCAGCUCUGCCGGGGGACGCGGGCCCGCUGUGGCAGAAGGGGAACAGGAUGGUAAAGGUGGCGGUGUGGGGGUUGUCCGCCACGCUCGGGGCCGCCGUGUUCGCUGUGGUUCAGACUGCCAUGGACUGGGGACCUGAGGUGUUACUGCAACUGUUCUGACGCGGCGGCGGGAACAAAGGCCGCUCGACUCACGGUGACAGCAGACGCACUACAACAUACAGACAUGAAACUACAAAAAAACACAGACUUUGAAGACCUGAAGCUCGCGUCUCCUGCACGUUGCCGGAGAAAAGCAGGAGGAGCUAUCUCAGUGCCAAACAGGUUGUUGCUGCUCAUCUUUGCUGGACGUGUCGUCAGCCUCGGGAUGUGUGCGUGUGAAUGUGGAUUUAUUACUUCUGAACGGUCCCAUGAGACAGAGCGGUCAUUUAAUUUCAGUUUGUUCACAUUUGUUUUAGGAAGGUUAAUCACAAGACGACAAAAGAUACAAAACUACCACACAGAAAUAAAAAAAGAAAAGCCACAAAAUGAAUAGAAAGUGAUGCAAAAACAGUUACAUUCAGGGUUUCUUUUGCUGUGUAUGAAGGGUCUGUGCAUGCCUCUCCCUUUAGAGGGCUCCGAAUGUGCAUGCGAGACACCAACGCACCUUGCUCUCUCAGACUGUUGCUUCCAUUUUACUUGUAACAUUUUGCAUGCGUCUCUAUCUUUUCUUGCCGGCCGCUUCUUCUUCUGCUGAUAACUUGUUUUUAGACGUGCUCGUUUCAGUGCGUUUCAGCUGUGAGGAUUCUCAGCGCGCUCGUUGGAUCCUCAGCCAAAAGCGCCAGCCCGAUGACACACGAGUACAAAUUAUUAAAGAGAGCGGCGUAUUCCGCUGAAAGCUUCCUGUUAUGAGCGCGGAGACGGGAGCGGGAGCGAUGGAGGGGCGGGGGAGAAAGAAGGGAGAGAAUUUGCCUGUGAGCUUUGUAUUAAUUGCUUUACUCCAGGUGUCAGCGAAUUGCAUUUACAGCAGAGGUCGACGCACAAAAACGAGCUGUUGCUGAACGUUGCGCGCAGUCGGCACGCCGCACUAAGUGCAAGCUUUUGCAGAUGCAUUUUGCAGGAGGUAUUAAAAUCUAUACAGUAGUUUUCUAGCUGUUGUGGAAAAGCACUGCUUAAUGAAAGCAGGGAAGCCACCAGUGCUUUUGCACUCUUCAAAUAUUCAGCAGGAUUGCUUCAAAACUAACCAUGAACAGUUUUCAAUAGAGCAUCAGUACGAUUUUUAAAAAAAAUAUUAUUUUAGUGGAAAAAGCUGCGACUACUCCACCCGGCGACACACAUACUGUAGUUGUCGUGUGGACCAAACGUAAUCACGGAGUUUCAUAACCUGAAAAGUGAACAUUAAUAAUACACGCUGUGUGCCCACCUGAAGAACGCACAAACAUGUAAAAGAGAGGGAACGGCCUAUUUGUACUCGUGCUGUGAAAUAUUUAUCACCUUUUUCUAGCGUGUAGCUACGUUGCUGCUGCUGCUGCUGCUGCUGUUAACGCGACUUGCACGGCAAUCACAACAGUCUCCCUUCCUCUCUCAUCAGAUAAACUGUGGCACAUGUUCGUGCGGCUCGUAGUGCGGCCCGCCCUGUUGAUCCGUGCUGCUUCGCAACAUACUGUAUGAAAUCGAGUCAGGACAGAAAUACAGCAGAAAAGAGACACAACUCUAGCAUUAUGCUUUCGUUACAGAAUAUAAACCUUUGAUUGGUGAUUAUCGGUUAGUUAUUUUAUUAGUAGAUUAAUGAAUUUAGAGACAGCUGGACUACAGGUCAGUAACCUGUCCUGGUCGUUGGAGUCGCCCACGCAUGUUCCUCUGUCCAUGUGCUUAUGGUUGAAUGUGUGUCUGCGUGAGUGAGUGCAUGUGUGUUUUAAUGAGGGAGUGAGAGUUUUCGCUUCAGUGCCUGGUCAGUUUCUUUUUUUUUUGUCUGUAAACUUUUCGGGCAACUUCUGUGUUUUUUUUAAUUUAUUCAACCUUGUGAUGCUUUCAGUGCCUCUGUCAGGCGUCAGAGUAACAAUCUGAUUGGCUAUUUAUUGAAACAUGAAACUAAUUUGAUUGUAUGAAUGUGCGUUUAACGUGACUAUAACAACUGAAACUGUAAAAAUGAUUCUAAUGGUAAUUAGCACUAAUCUGAGGGAUUUUAUCUUUUAUUUAAAUUAUAUUGUGUCUGAUCAAUAAUUAGAAGUUAAAGGAAUAGUUUGAAAAUUUGUGUAACAUGUAAUUUUUUAAUUUUCUUGCCAAGUUAGAGAAGGUUUCAGGUAACUGGCAGGUUUCUCUUAGAUUAACACAGUUAACUAAUGUAACAUUUACUUUUGUAUGGUGUACUGUUGGCCUUCCUGCAAUGAAGUUUACUCUGUGGGCCCCGGCUGUAGUUCUAAAGAUGCUUGGAAACAUGCUGGAUCGGUAUCAACGGUAAAUCUUUUAGAAAAAUGUUCUCCAAUGUUUGUGCUUGUACAUAAUUGGCUGUCUGGUAUUAAUAUGCAGAGAAGAACACUUUGACGAACGCCUUUGAUGCUAGUAGGUUUAUUGCAGUACAGACUAAAACACACACACACACACACACAGAUUCAAGGAGAGAGUGGUGGUGGUGCCAGGUCUUAAUGAGGAUUUAAUUCCUGCUCCUGGCUCUUGGCAUACUCAGACACUUUCUCCUUGUACAUUUUUAUUUUUUUCUUUAUUUUUUUUACACAAUUACACUCAAUUCUUAACUACACCUACAUCAGCACCUGCCCCGCUCCCAGUCUGGCUCAUGCCUUAAAAAUGAUUGAAGCAUUUUCCGUGGUUUUAAAUGAAACCAAUGGAUGGAAGAAAAAAAACAGUUGUUUUGGGGCUUCGAGUUGAUUCAAGUCAUAAAUAAACAGGAUUUAAUCUUGUUAUGUUUUAGAGAAGAAACACAUAAUUUCAUUUAAUUGCACCACAAUCAUUGUAUUGAUCAGUUACUAAUUUACAAAAGGUAAUCAUGUUUACACCCCAUUCUCAAGACUCGCACUUUAUCUUUAUUUUUUUUUUUUUUUAAACUCCCUAAAGGUUACAUCUGCACACAUGUUGUGCAAUGCACCUGCCACAACCAAAAUGAAUAAUUAGAUAAAGAUUAUUAGAUGAUUUAUAACAAUGAGUAGGCAAUUUGACAAGAUGUUUAGUUUUUAUCUUGAUUAUUAUUAUUAUUAUUAUUAUUAUUAUUAUUAUGAAAUAAACAAUGUAUUGUGGGAGAUCAAUGUUUAAAACACGAAAACAUCAAGUAAAUAAUAGGCAACGAAAAAUUGUUCAGAUUUAAAAUUUUCUGUGGUGCGACUAAGAGCCUGAAGAUGAGCUUCCAUUGAAAUGGUCUGCUCGACCUGUGGACCUGAACAAAUCAAAUGCUUUAAUAGUGAAGUCUUCAGCCUUAUGUUAGUACAUGUGGUUCAUUUAAAGGCAUGUUUCUUAUGAUAGAUACUAAAUAUCUGCUACAAACUGUAUCUUUAAACAUAUCUGUUUCUUUGCACUUGGUGUGUGUGUGGUACUGUGUUGCACAGACAGAAUGAGUGAGUCUGUUCCAGUUUUAGGAGUUGGACAAUGAAUAAACAAACAAACAAAACA